AUGAGCGAUUUCGUGAAGGGCUCCAAAAUCGUUAAGUUGGAGCCGCAGCCAGACGUCGAGUCCUUGGCAGCACAGGUCAAGUUCGUGAAUGAUAAGUUCAUUGACUACCUCAACUGUCCACGGAACUUCGACCUGCGGCUGCAAGUAAGUGACGAGGAGGACCUGUUCUCCGAAAAUGGAACGCAAGAAAUCGGCAACACCCGCGCGCUCGUAAGGGAAGUGUGUCAGGUAGAAAAGGCUCCAGUGCCAGACAAAUAUGAGGCACUUUUCACCGUUGGGGAACUGCUCUACGCAAAGCGAGAGGCUCUAAUGAAACGAACCACAACUAGCAGUCCAGAGUCAUUCGGCGACGAGUGA